CUGGGAAUAGUAUAUAAGGGUGCCAUUAUAUUUUGGAAUAAUAAGGCCACCAUAUACCAUCCAUACGGGCUAGCCCCCCAGCCUGAAGUUGCACAGCUAAGGCAUAAUGGGCAAGCUCACCAUUUUUGGGUAUCUUCGCGAGCAAUGGACAAAGCUUCCUAUCUCCACUGCGGACGUCAGCGACCAGUCGCUGGUCGUGGUCGGUGCUAAUGUCGGGCUCGGAAACGAAGCUGCUGUGCAUUUAGCACAGCUGAAACCUAAGAGCCUGUUGAUCACCAGCAGAGACGAAGUCAAGUGCGAACGAUCAAAAGCAGACGUGGAGAUCCGGUCUGGCAUGACUGGUAUUGAAUCCUGGCCUCUUGAGCUAUGCUCAUUCGAUUCAGUGCGUUCUUUUGUGGACCAUUUUGAAGCGAAGGGCUGCAUAGCCAAUGUUCUUAUCGCCAAUGCCGGCAUAUCGACGAUGAAGUACACGAAAACCCCCGAUGGCUAUGAAACUACAUUUCAAGUGAAUUACUUGUCAACUGCUCUGUUGAGUCUAUUGAUGCUGCCUCAUCUCGUCAAGGCAGGGACUCCUGAGCAUGCCUCAAGACUGGUUAUUGUGUCUAGCGAGUGUCAUUAUUUAGCCAACAGACUAAAAGGGGCAGACAAAUGGCCUAGUAUCAUCGAAACAAUCAACGAUGAGGCAUAUUGCACCCGUAGCGUAAUGAUGAACCGCUACUUCCUAUCCAAGCUCCUCGAAGUGAUGUUCAUCCGUGAGCUGUCUUUUCGACUUCCUACACCAACUUUGGUUGCAGUUUCGGCGGUCAAUCCCGGUUCUUGCCACUCCCGUCUUACGCGAGAAGUCGAAUCAAAUCCACUCUUCAAGUUUGCGGUGAGAAUUUACAAAGGGUUAGUGGCACGCACCACUGAGAUGGGCAGUCGGACACUUGUCCAUGCGGCAAUCGAGCCCGGUGAAAGGGAACGGCAUGGCCACUACCUGUCUAGCUGCGAAGUUACCGAAGAGAGUGAUUAUACUCUCAGCGCGGAAGGAAGGGAGGUUUCAAAGCGUUUGUGGCACGAGACCCUCGAGAUCCUUGGAGACAUCGAUCCGAGAAUCAAUACAAUUGUGUCUGAGCACCUCAUUCGGGACGUAGCAUGACUUGACUGUUAUUCGUUGUAGACCGCCGACAUAUUGUGUUGCGUUCUGAACUGUGGAGGUCUGUAGAAUGGAAUUCAAGCUAUCGAAUGUCUACAGUAAGAGCUUGCCUUUCGUGUACUUUGGCAGACGGUCCCUCGCCG